AUGGCUCCCGCUCUCGUGGAAACGGCGACUAUAACACAAACCGACUACAACUUCAAGUCGGGUGUUGGCCAAUACAAGGAAGCCGCGUUCGGUGGUCCAAAGGUUUUUGAGAAGGAGCUGGAAUUGAGGGGUACCGACAAGCAUGCGCCUGCGAAGUAUCCAAACUACCUCCCCGUGUGGAACGAGAAAGUGAAGUAUGCUCCAUUGGAACCUUUUGAGCAUUACGAGCACGGCAAAGACGCCGACCCAGCGUUUCCCAAUCUCUUGAAAGAUGCCAAGGUCGCCGAUCUGACAGCCAACAUUGGUGCUGAAGUUACUGGGGUUCAACUCAGCAAGCUGACAGAUGCUGGUAAGGAUGAGCUGGCUCUGUUUGUAGCACAGAAGAAAGUCGUCGCUUUCCGCGACCAGGACUUUGCAGACCUCGCUAUCAAAGACGCGCUCGACAUCGGUGGUUACUUCGGGCGACACCACAUCCAUCCUACGUCCGGCGCACCUGAAGGAUAUCCCGAGGUUCAUCUCGUCCACCGAGGAACAGACGACACAUCUGCGCGUGACUUUUUCGAAGAGCGAACAAACUCAAUCACAUGGCACUCUGAUGUCACUUACGAGAAGCAACCCCCCGGCACUACAUUCCUGUACCUACUAGACGGUCCAGCUGCAGGUGGGGACACCCUCUUCGCGAACCAAGCCGCCGCAUACAACCGACUCUCGGCGGAGUUCCGAAAACGGCUCCAAGGAUUGAAAGUCGUCCACUCUGCCGUCGAGCAGGCCGACAACAGCAAGAACCGAGGUGGCAUUGUCCGCCGUGAAGCCGUGACCUCCAUCCACCCACUCGUACGCACUCAUCCCGUGACUGGCGAGAAAGCGCUGUUCGUGAACCCUCAGUUCAGCCGUCGUAUCGUCGGCUUCAAGAAGGAGGAGAGCGACUUCCUGCUUAACUUCCUCUAUGACCACAUCGCCAAGGGCCAGGACUUCCAGGCUCGCGUCAAGUGGGCGCCGGGAACUGUUGUAGUAUGGGACAACAGGGUGACUGCGCAUUCGGCGCUGUUGGAUUGGGAUGAUGGUGCCAGGAGGCAUCUGGCGAGGAUCACGCCGCAGGCUGAAGCGCCGUUUGAGACACCUUUCGAGGAGAGGACCGGUAGCGCUCCAGGAUUUGAGUAUUAG